GCCCCUUCUAUUCCCUUCUGCCUCUCUUGAACCCUCCAAUCGAUUUUUCAAGAAUAUCUCAGUGGUUUUUUUCUUCUUUUUGUCGAUCAAAUCGAUAUUUGUAUAAACCCCAAAGAAUCAUCUGAAGCAAUCAAUCAGCCAUGACGCUUGGUUCAGGAGGAUCUAGUGUUGUGGUCCCUCGCAAUUUCAGAUUACUGGAGGAACUUGAACGUGGGGAGAAGGGUAUUGGAGAUGGGACAGUGAGCUAUGGUAUGGAUGAUGGAGAUGAUAUUUAUAUGCGUUCUUGGACUGGCACCAUUAUUGGUCCUCACAAUUCUGUGCAUGAAGGCCGUAUUUAUCAGUUGAAGCUAUUUUGCGACAAGGAUUAUCCGGAGAAGCCACCAAGUGUGCGUUUCCACUCUCGAGUUAACAUGACAUGUGUCAACCAUGAGACAGGAGUGGUGGAGCCAAAAAAGUUUGCUUUGCUUGCAAAUUGGCAGCGAGAGUACACUAUGGAAGACAUACUGACUCAACUGAAAAAGGAAAUGGCUUCUCCCCACAACCGUAAGCUAGUUCAGCCACCCGAAGGCACCUGUUUCUAGUGUUAAGGGCAAUAACAUAUAGGUCUUGUCAACUAUGUGCUAAAUUGUACCGCUGUGUUGUCACGUUGGGAAUUAAAAUGUAAAGGGGUUGAAUGCCUGAAGAGGCUUUUCUCCUCUUACCUCACAAUUGUGUACCUUCUUCUACUUUUCGUUUUCUAAACUCUUGUCUAUGCUUGCUGCUGUUUGAUUAAUGGAUCUGGUUCUUGUGCUAUCCGAAUCAUCGUCAAUUGCUUCUUA